GCUUAAUCAUUAGUCUUUUGUGCUGUAAACCAACCUUACAGUUCUUGACAGAUGACAAUAGAAAUUUGACAUCCUAACUUUUGACUCUGACAAUAUAGAUAUAGACGUUUCUUUCAUUUCAAAGUCAUAACAAAAAUGACGAAGGGUACGUCAAGUUUUGGUAAACGUCGAAAUAAGACCCAUACACUUUGCAGAAGAUGCGGUAGAUCGUCAUACCAUAUCCAAAAAUCACAGUGUGCACAAUGUGGAUACCCUUCAGCAAAAAUGCGUUCAUACAAUUGGUCUGUUAAGGCUAAAAGGAGGAAGACUACUGGAACUGGCAGACUGCGUCACUUGAAAAUUGUCAGAAGGAGGUUCCGCAAUGGGUUCCGUGAAGGUGGAAAACCAGUUAAGAAAAGUACAUAGAAUGUUGUAUGUAUGUGAUUAAUAUAAUAAAAGUUUUUCAAAAAUAUA